AUGGAGGAUUUCUAUGUACCUUCAAAUUUCAAGUUUGUGGUUGAAGCAGUGAAGGAUGUGGCUGGCUUUGAUGAAGACAAAAACAUCUACAGAGCUCCAUCAUUGGCUCUGAAACUGGGCCAUAGUCUCAAGAAGAUUGCAGAUAUUCUUGAGUGUGAAGCAAAGAUGGCAGAUUUUCAUGAUGAGGAAUUUCUUAAGAAUCUGAAGAGAAGCCGGGAUCUUUAUGAGAAGAAAUGGGAUGUGUGUGUUUCAUCUCGUGCCCUGCAAACUCUAAAAGAAGGAAAAUGGAACACUCCUCAACUCCUCCCUUUCACCGAGGAUGUAAAACCAUGCAUAUGUAUCUUGAUAGACACUUCAGGAGUCCAUUCGGAUUUGGCAGUAGGACUUUCAGAGUUUGAACAAAAACUUUGUCGCCAUUUCCAGCGCAUCGAAAUAAGAGGGAAAAGGAACAGAAAAGUUCCUAUCCUCUUAACACCAGACAUGCUGUCCUCAAUGGAAGCCUUGGUUUCACAUCGGCGGACCUGUGGUGUGUCUGAUGAAAAUCCCUUUUUCUUCUCUAGACCUGAAGCAGACACUCACCUCAGGGGAUCGGAUGCCAUCAGACAGAUUGCAAAGGAAUGUGGAGCGAAGCAUCCAGAAACACUGUCCUCAACUAAGUUGAGAAAGCAUGUGUCCACACUGUCGACAGUCCUAAACCUGAGAGACAAUGAGAUGGACAUCCUCGCAAAUUUUCUAGGCCAUGAUAUCAGAGUCCAUAGGGAGUACUAUAGACUGCCUGAAGGAACACUUGAGUUGGCUAAAGUCAGCAAAGUGCUCAUUGCUCUAGAACAAGGCCGACUGUCAGACUUCAAGGGAAUGAGCCUCGAUCAAAUCCAAAUUAAUCCCAAUGAAGAAAUGCAGGAAGAUGUGGAAAGUGAUCUUUCAGAGACGGAUGCAUCAAAGGAGUCAUCUUUCAGCUCCUCAACAUCGAGAUCCCAAAGAUCGAGAAGUCAGCCAACCACUGAUGAGUUUGAUGAAGCACCCACAGGAUCCUCAACACCUAAGAGAAGAAAGGAGACAGGAUCUGACAUUGAUGACCCUAAAGAGGGUACUUCUCACACCCACCGCACACCCUGUUUUGCCUCAGGAACUUCAACAAAGGAAAAGGAGUCUGACACUGAUGCCACUAAAAUGGGACCACCAAGAUUCAAGCAAGGACAGUGGACCACAGAUGAGCCUGAUGGUGACCACACUACCGCAGGAACAUCAAAGAAGAGGACUUGGACAUCAGCUGAGGUCCAAGCUGUGGAAAAGACACUAAUGUCCUUCAUUGAGUCUGGUAAAGUACCAGGAAAGUCAGACUGCGUUGCCUGUAUUGAGGCUUCACCGAAAGCACUUAAAAACAGAACCUGGACAGCGGUAAAGUUCUAUGUGAAAAAUCGAAUCACUGCAAUGCAGCGUAAAGCU